CAACUACGUUCGACUGGCUGUAUCUGUAGCUGAACCAUGUCAACGAGGUCGAAACUGUUGUGGGAGUUAGAAAGACGGAAGAGGCAAAACAAGGAAGGAAGACAGUUGUUAGAGGAAGCAAUAAGCGGGGGCAGUCGAGGAAGGCAGAAUGCUGAGAAGAUGGAAGCAAACAGGGUUGCUGCAAUGAGGGCUGAGCUGCAAUUGUUGAGGGAGCAAUUGAAAGGACAACAGUCAGGACAGCAAGAUGAUAAAAAGGAGCCGGAUGGCGAAAGCGACGAAGAGGCGAGGAAUAGCAGCAAGGAGAGCGAGGAGGGUCAAAAAAAAAGGGGAGGAGAGCGUCAAGCCGAACGGGACGCAAUCUACUGGAAGACGGAAUUCAAAAAACUCCAACGGACGAUGCAGGAAUCCGUCACUGCAGGAAACACAAGAGGGGAAGCAGCAAUUCAUCCAGGAGGGAGAGAUGUCUCAAUGAGGCACCUCAGAGGCAGAGGACAAAUGCCAAGUGGCAGGGGAGGAAGAGGGCAAUUCCACUCACAAGGAUUGCAAAGGAGAGGCCAAUUUUACGAAGGUGGCAGGGGCGGGGAGCGAGAGGACGCGGCCCGAGAGGUCCUCAAAGAGGGAGGGGAUAUGGAAAUCUUGGGGGAAAUAUCAGAUAAUUUCGAAGUUCAAGUGGUAUUCGGGGGAUUAUUUUUUGCAGAAUGUUUAAUGACCGAUCCAACAAUCGAGAAUCGUUUGCAGGUGAUUGAUAGAUGA